AACUUUCUGGGCAUUUUCCGAAUUACCGCUGACUUAGAUUUUUCGUCUCUCUCUCUCCGUCUGUCAUUGCAGAGAAAGGAUGGAGAACUGGUCUCUCAAAAUUCCAUCAGCUCUUCUUGCAGGAAAAUAAAAGAUCAUUAUCUGUUUGUUUACAAGGAAAGCAAAAAAGGGGUAAUUUGCGUUGCCCCAGAAAUUUAUUUCCUCGUUUUCAGGGAAAUUGAGUUCUGGGUGUUAUUUAUUUAUGAUUUCUAAACUGAGGAUUGCUUGUUCUUUUUCUUCUGAUGACCGUUUGAAGCCAUGAUUGGGAAAUUUUAGUUGGUGCUUGGAAAGUGAAGUCCGUGAGUGUUUCACUUGAAUUUUUAUUCAAAUGGGUGGAAGAAAGAAAAGAAAUUUUAACGUGAAUGAUGCUAUAGAUUUUCUGAACCACUUAAUGGAGGAAAAACCUCGUCUUUCUUUUGUAAUUCCCUUGAUAUUAGUUUUUUGGGUUGUUGAGAAAUGGGUUUUUUCUCUCUCCAAUUGGGUUCCACUUGCCGUUGCCGUCUGGGCAACUAUACAGUAUGGUGGUUACCAACGGCAAAUCAUUGUAGAAGACUUGAAUAAAAAAUGGAAGCAAGUCAUACUACACACAUCGCCAACAACACCAUUGGAGCACUGUGAGUGGCUGAACAAGCUACUAAUGGAAGUUUGGUCCAACUACUUUAACCCAAAGCUUUCUAUAAGGUUUUCAUCUCUUGUUGAGAAUCGGUUAAAGCAUCGGAAGUCAAGGCUUAUUGAAAGAAUUGAAUUGCAAGAAUUUUCAUUAGGUUCAUGCCCCCCUAGCUUUGGGCUUCAUGGGACUCGAUGGUCAACUUCAGGUGAUCAGAAAAUCAUGCGCUUGGGGUUUGACUGGGACAGCACUGACAUGAGUAUCAUGUUGCUCGCUAAGGUGGCAAAGCCAUUCACGGGAACUGCUCGGAUAGUCGUAAACAGCAUUCAUAUGAAGGGUGAUCUUCUCUUGAUGCCAGUUCUGGAUGGAAAAGCAAUUUUGUACUCUUUUGUUUCAACUCCUGAUGUGAGAAUAGGUGUUGCAUUUGGCAGUGGUGGAAGCCAAUCUUUACCAGCAACAGAACUGCCAGGUGUUAAUUCUUGGCUGGUCAAACUUAUUACCGACACUUUAGUCAAAACAAUGGUUGAACCUCGCCGUCGCUGUUUCUAUUUGCCAUCAGUAGACUUGAGGAAAAAGGCUGUUGGUGGCAUACUUUCUGUGACAGUCAAUUCAGCAAGCAAACUUUCUAGGAGUGACUUGAAAGGAAACUCUAGCAGGAGGCAGCAGAGCUCUGUUAUAGAUGGUAGUUCAGACGAGCACCUUGAUAACAAAGAUAUACAGACAUUUGUGGAGGUUGAACUUGAAGAGUUAACCAGGAGAACAGAUGUGAGACCAGGAUCAAGUCCUAGAUGGAAUUCAACGUUCAAUAUGGUUUUACAUGAUGAUACAGGAAUUCUUCGUUUCCAUCUUUUUGAAUGCACCCCAAGCAGUGUGAAGUUUGACUAUCUAACUAGCUGUGAGAUUAAGGUCAAAUAUGAUGCAGAUGACUCCACAGUAUUUUGGGCGAUAGGACCCAAAUCCAGUGUGAUAGCCAAGCAUUCUGAGUUUUGUGGGAAGGAAGUCGAAAUGGUUGUUCCAUUUGAGGGAAGUCAGUCUGCAGAGUUGACAGUGAAACUGGUUUUAAAAGAAUGGCAGUUUUCUGAUGGUUCACAUAGCAUAAACAGUUUCCAGCUCAGCUCCCGUCAAUCACUUAAUGGUUCAUCAAAUUUUCCGUCUAGAACUGGAAGAAAAAUUUAUGUAACUGUUGUUGAAGGAAAAGACCUUGUUGCAAAAGACAAAUUUGGGAAGUGUGAUCCUUAUGUUAAGCUACAGUACGGGAAGGCUGUCCAGAGAACAAAGGCUGUCCCACAUGCUUCUAAUCCUAUUUGGAAUCAUAGGUUUGAAUUUGACGAGAUAGGAGGUGGUGAAUAUCUUAAGAUUAAAUGCUACAGUGAAGAAACAUUUGGAGACGACAACAUUGGUAGCGCACGGGUAAAUUUGGAAGGACUCAUAGAAGGGUCACCUAGGGAUGUAUGGGUCCCUCUUGAAAAAGUGAAUUCAGGAGAACUGCGGCUUCAGAUAGAAGCUUUGAGAAUUGAUGACUAUGAAGGAUCCAGGGGUUCAAAUAUAGGUUUUGGCAAUGGUUGGAUUGAACUUGUUCUUAUUGAAGCAAAAGACCUUGUUGCUGCUGAUCUAAGAGGAACAAGUGAUCCAUUUGUGAGGGUUCAGUAUGGAAACAUGAAGAGAAGAACAAAGAUUAUGUUUAAAACUCUGAAUCCGCAAUGGAACCAGACCUUAGAAUUCCCUGAUGAUGGCAGUCCCCUGGAGUUGCAUGUGAAAGACCAUAAUGCUUUGCUGCCUGAAUCAAACAUAGGUGAUUGUGUCGUAGAAUAUCAGAGGUUGCCUCCAAACCAGAUGUCUGACAAGUGGAUACCCCUUCAAGGAGUAAGAAGAGGAGAAAUCCAUGUUCAGGUUACAAGAAAAGUUCCAGAACUACAGAAGAGACCAAGUUCAUCCUCUGAACCAUCCUCAACCAAAUCACACCAGAUUUCUAGCCAGAUGAAACAAAUGAUGAUCAAGUUUCACUCUCUCAUCGAGGAUGGGAAUCUUGAAGCACUGGAAACAUCUGCAAUGGAGCUGGAAAGCCUCCACGAAAUGCAAGAAGAGUACGUGGUGCAGCUUGAGACAGAGCAGAUGCUUCUACUCAACAAGAUAAGUGAGAUUGGUCAGGAAAUCCUAAACCCAUCACCUUCCCUUAGCAGAAAAUCAUCCACUAAUUGAACCCUUGAUACCAAUUUCAUCUAUCGAAAAUAGUUGUAUUUCCACUAUAUCCAUUACUAGUAGCAAACAAAUAACGCUUCAAGAUCAAGAAGGAUUUCAUUGUUUGCGAGUGUCAUGCUAUGUGAAUGUAUUUUGUAUAUGAAUGAAUAUUUACCAGCUUUUUAGCUAUGAAAAAAGAAAUGAAAUGAAUGAAAUGCCCUUAAAUAUUU